UUAUGACCGGUUACACGGUGGAAAACGAGCCAGCGACGUGCGAUUGGACGGAUGAAGAGGUCCUGCGAUACUUCACGUCGAGGAUGUGGGACGUGGAGCAGGAGGAGGAGGAGGAGGAGAACGACGAGGACUACAUCGACGGCUCGUUUUCGAAUCUGAAAAGCCACGGGGAGGCCUCCUCGGAGCCGGUGCACCGCGAUAUCGGCGAGAUAUUGAUCGCGGACAGCUUUGUCUCUGUCCUGUUGACAUGCCGCGCCGAGCACAAGAACUACGCGACGGUGUUCUAUGAUCAGUCAGCAGUUAGCUGCACCCUAUCGAUGCCCGACGAUCUUCGAGUCAGCAUAUCGAGAAGUGGUCAUUACAAAGUUUCGAUGGCGGACGGAGUUAAUCUAAAGGAAUGCAAAGUGAGGCCGACGAACUUCGACAGAACGGAUUUGAUCAGAAGUACAUAUGCCAUUCCGUACGACUGGCUGUUUCCUUUCGGGAGGAAAGGCAACGGGAUUUGGAAGAACACACAUGACCAACCGUUCCGUUGUGAAACAGAUAACAGUAUGCCGAAAUUAUUGGAGUUACGUGUUCUGUAUGGUUUCAAGAAGCCCGGAGAAAACGCGGUGAUAAAUAUACAAAGGGCCCUCGGCCGCUAUUGGAUGUCCGUGAGUGAAUUCAUGAUCUUUUUAUGGGACCACCGAUUAAUGAAACUGAAUCUGAACUCUUUUGCAUCUUAACCAUCGAGUCUGUGUCAGACUGUCAUUAAGAUAUACCGUGUCAAAAAAAUUACAGCAAAGAAAAAUUUUCG